AAAUAAACAGAAAAAUUUUAAAAAACAGAGUCUCCUAUAACCGUUGAGCUUAAACCCAAUACCAAUUUUCCCAAAAUGCCGAUCUCUAGAAUCGCCGUGGGAAACCCGGCUGAGGCGAGCCAACCCGACGCUCUGAAAGCGGCGCUCGCCGAGUUCAUCUCGGUGCUUAUCUUCGUUUUUGCCGGUGAAGGCGCCGGCAUGGCUUUCAACAAGCUCACGGACAAUGGCUCAACCACACCAGCUGGGCUUGUAUCGGCGUCCAUAGCUCAUGCUUUUGCACUUUUCGUGGCGGUUGCCGUGGGUGCGAAUAUCUCAGGCGGGCAUGUUAACCCGGCUGUUACUUUCGGAGCCUUCGUCGGUGGAAACAUUACUCUUAUUAGGGGUGUCCUGUACUGGAUUGCUCAGUUACUUGGUUCUGUUGUUGCUUGCUUGCUUCUGAAGUUUGCAACCGGUGGAUUGGAGACAUCGGCAUUCUCCCUAUCAACAGGGGUGGGUGUAUGGAAUGCAGUCGUUUUUGAAAUAGUGAUGACAUUUGGCCUGGUGUACACAGUGUACGCAACAGCCGUGGACCCAAAAAAGGGCAACAUUGGGAUAAUUGCACCCAUUGCCAUCGGUUUCAUCGUUGGAGCCAACAUCUUAGCCGGCGGUGCUUUUGAUGGAGCAUCCAUGAACCCGGCAGUCUCAUUCGGACCCGCUGUUGUCAGCUGGACAUGGGAUAACCACUGGGUCUAUUGGGUGGGUCCACUUAUUGGUGCUGGAAUUGCUGGGCUUGUCUAUGAGACCAUCUUCAUUGGCCCAACAACACAUGAACAGAUCCCCACUACCGAUUACUAGUAUAUCAGCGAUGGAUGGGUUUCUUUUCAAAUUUCAAUUCAUGCUGUGGUUGGUUUGAUCGGUGUCGUUUUGUAUUUGGCUCUUGUUAAUUGUUAAUCCACUGUGAAAUUUGCCACUUGUUUUUGUUUUGUUUUGUUUUGUGUUAUUUCCUACCCCCCACCCCCCCAAACAAUCAUUUUGCUCAGAGAGCUUUUUCUUUGUGCCAAA